AUUAAUUGUCUGGAUCUAUGAACAUGAUAGACUGAUUAAAUUUAAAAAUGUGAAUAUAAUGGAUUUUUUCUUUUUUUGUGGAAAAUCUGUCUUUUAAAUAUUUAUCAGUACACCCUUAAAUGAAGCCAUAUCUGACUCCUUUACUAACUCUUCCAGAUCAUACUUCUAACCACAGUAUUUCCUCAGGGUUCUGUUCUGGGAACCUCUUCUCCCUCCAUUUUACUUCUUUGUCAUUUCAUUAGAUCACAUGAAUUUAAUUACCAUCUCCAGGCUGAUAAUUCUGAAAUCUACUUAUCCUGCUCCAACCUCUCUCCUGACCUUUAAUCUCACACCUCCAAUUGCCUUUUAGACAUUUUGAACUAGAUGACAUCUUAACUCAAUAUGCCCCAAACAGAAUCCAUUAGCUCUCCCGUUAAAUCCUUCCCCCCUCUUAUCUUCCUUAUCACUAUAGAUAGCAGUACCAUCCUCCCAGUCCCUCAGGAUGGAAACCUAGGCGUCCUCCUGGUUUCCUCACUAUCUCAUGCCCAAGCUAUUGCUGAGUCCUGUCAAUUUCAUCUUUGCAACAUCGCUAGAAUAUACCCCCCUCUCCCCUCUGGCACUGCUGCUAUCUUGGGAGCAUCACCUUACGCCUUGAUAAUUAGUGUGUCUCCCCACUCCAAUCCAUUCUCCUUUCAGCCGCUAGAAUGAUUUUCCUAAACCACAAGGUCCAUUCCCUCCCCCCAAGAAACCCCCGUGGCUUCCUAUUGCCUCAAGGUACACAUUUGUGAAUGCGAUAUUUGGCAUUCAAAGCCCUUCCUAUUAUUCCACUCUUCUGACAUCUUAUUUUCCAAAACACGACACUCCAUCUCGAUUCCAGCUCUCCUUCUCUGGCUGUUUCCCAUGCCAUUCCUCCUCAGUUCCCACACCUGGCCUCUCUGGCUACCUUUAAAUCCCAACUAAAAUCUCACUUUCUACGGGAAGCUUUCCCUAACUCCUCUUACUCCCAGUGCUUUCCUUCUGUUAUUUCCUAUUUAUCCCGUAUAUAUCUUGUUUUGUGUCUGUAUGAUGUUUCCCCCAUUAAAUUGCAAGCUUCUCGAGGGCAGGGACUGUCUUGUCUUUUUUUGUGUGUCAAUCACUCCGCAAAGUGCCUGGCACAGAGCAGGCACUCGAAUGUUUGAUUGGUGAAAAGGGAAGGGCUGUCGCUAACAGGCUUAUUCUGCUGCUUAGCAACAGUCAAUUCCAUCCUCCGCCUAGUUCCACCUCACUUCUCUUUCGUCAUUCUUCGCUCCUCCUUCUCUCGGACACACACACCCCUGACAUGCGCACUAAAAAGCGCAGGAGGGGGCGGGGUGGCGGACUCCUCGGUGGCUCGCGGCCUCUCCCGUACCCAGCUCGCCCCGGUGCGGCGCGCCCAGUGACGUGCAAAAGAAGCGACUCCUGUGUAGGCCCCGGCGAUAAUUCACGGAGCGCCGGGUCCACCGGCCCAACGGCCAUGGCCUCCGUCGGAGUAGUCUCCGGGAGACCAGCGGAGGAGACGUUGUCGCAGUCACAGGAUCCGCCGUUGCAAGAACAGAAGCCCUUGCCCGCUUCCCAGCCGCCGCCGUCGCAGCAGCAACAACCGUCGCAGUCACAGCCUACGGCGUCGGUUGCUCUUCAGCCUCCUCCGCCCCCGGGCCUCAAGGAGGCGGAGACCUACUCUUUCCUGCCUUUGGUUCAUGACGUCAUCAAAUGUAUGGACAAAGACAGUGUUGAUAUGCACCAGGAGUUGACAGCUCUCAAGACCAAGUUCCAGGAGAUGCGAAAAGUGAUUAACACUAUGCCCGGUAUCAGUUCGAGUCCAGAACAGCAACAGCAGCAGCUGCAGAGUCUGCGGGAACAAGUCAGAACUAAAAAUGAACUUUUGCAAAAAUAUAAGAGUCUCUGUAUGUUUGAAAUCCCCAAAGAAUAAAGCAGGCAUGUUAUAAUGACAAAAGUAAUUAAAAAACUGAACCAGAAAAGCAAGAUUACACAUUUUCUUCCCUCCCCUGCCCCUCUGGUGUGGUUCUGUAUGGACCCCAGCUAUUCGUUCUCUAGAGCAGCUCUUUUCAUACUUCUUUGUUGGCUGUACUCAGUGGUUAGGUCACUGUGGCUGGUUGGAGGCAGGCAUACAAGCAUUUUCUGGUGUGAAUUAAAGGCUUACUAAUGGAAGUGAGCAGUAUAUUUUCAUGGGGGCUGCAACUGUAUGGCUGCUUCCUGGGAAGUAACCAUCUGUCACAUUUUCUUGUUCUGACAGCAGCACUGAAGGACACAGUGGGAAAGAGGGUGUUCUUUACUUUCUCCUCCUAUCCCACACUCCUUUUCCCUUGGUUGUGUUCAGUGUGUACGAGGUACAUACUGUUCCUACUUAUGGAAGUUUCACUAAACUUUCGAAUAGAAUUAAUUGGCCAAAUUACUCUUCACGCUGCUUGGGUUUAAUGUGAUUAAUGGGUGGCUCUGUGAGAAUGAACAUAAUUUUGAAUGCAGAGAGGCAUCACAGGGAGAAUUUAUUUUUUGUUCCUGGCAGUGCCAGAGCCCUAAAUAGCUUGUUGGGGUUUUUUUGUUUGUUUGUUUGUUUGUUUUUUAUGUUUGAGCCAGUGAAGAUAGCAGCAUUAAUGGGGGUGUCAGUCAUUGAACCUGUGAGGUAGCUUCUGAAGCCCUCGUGCCAUCCAGGUCUUGCUAUGCCUACAAAUUCUUGCUACUCAGUUAGAGUGUUCCCUGCUGUCUUCAAUUAGCACAUUUGGCCACACUUUAGUGCCAGAGUAAACAAUUAUGCCAGGAUGCCCAAAUCAGCUCUAAUUAUCCUUUGGGAUGGAGAGAGCAGGUGGUUCUGUACAGCAAAAGCAAAAGGAUAUUUUGGGUGAGCACAAACCCUCUCCCUGGCCCUGCCCCCAUUGAUGUACAGAUCAGAUCGUUAUGCUGGGGAAAAAAUAAUGUUUUUGCUGGUCUUCUAUGAUGAUUAAUCAACACAUUUCAUUGAAAGGCUCAUCUAAAUGGCAAUUUUGAUUACUCCCAUCUUUGGUAGGAAGUCCUAAGAAUAUGCUCAGGCACAGUAGUUACACAUUUGGUUUUAUUUUUCAAAUAUAUGUCAAGUGCCUUCACAUUUUGCCUGUUUUUCCUCUGAUUUAUCAGCUUUGUACCAACUUCCUUGGCCAUUAAAUUGGCAUUGAAGUUGCUUCCCUGCCUCUUAGAGACAAACAUGUAAAUAUUAUUUAGGGCAAGAGUUUGGGAUUCUGCUGCUGUGUGCUUAUUGCUUGCUGAGAAGUAUUCUUUGAAAUCUUCUUAGAAGUGGAUAAGUCUGAGUUCUUGUCUUUAGCAAAUUGAACUUCAAUCAUCUAUUUUUUUCUAUACUUGGGAACCAAAAGCUCACCCACAGUAGCUAGAAUAUGUCUGGUAUAAUAAAGCAGCAAGGGGCAGUGUAGUGUAGGGCAAUGGUUGUUGACUGAUUUCUACAGAACAGGAAACUGAAUUUAACUGGGUUGUUGGGAGAAGCAAAGAUUAUUUAUUCUGGUUCUUCCUUUGUGACCUAUCACUGACCAGAUCCUUUAGGGAUUGAUAGAAGAACUGGACCUGUGAUUUCAUUGCUGUAGGUAAACACUUGGUUCAGAAAGCAUCCUCUGCCAGGACACAGCAAAAUCUUUUCUGAAAUUGAGUCUUACACACCAAGGGUGCCAGGGUACCACAUGGUUAAAUGAUGAGCCCUGGGUCACAUAGUGUAUGUCAGAGGCUGGCUCUGCAGCAGCCUCUAUCCUCCAUGUCACAUAACACUUCUCAACCAAAUCCACAAUUUCCUAGAUAUUUUAUAGUAAAUAGUUUGUGGGCCUAAUCUAAGGCUCUGACUGAAUGCUCUGAAAUGAGAUCUAUGUCAGGUUCAAAUAUAGGCUUGCUUGAGCUGGCUAUAUCAGGAUACCACUUAAUUUUAUUAUCUAUAUCUGUGAAUACCUAUUUCUGGGGUUAAUUAAAAAUGCCUGGUAUUGGUGACUUUUUAAAGCAUGUAAUUAAUGUUUCAAAAGUUUUGUUAUAGUUGGCCUCUCUCCCUCCCUCCCUCCCUCCCUCCAUUUCUCUCUCUCUCUCUGUCUCUCUCCCUCCCUCCUUCCCUGCCCUGUCCCUGUCCCCCCUAUCCCACCCCCUCUUUUUUUUCCCUCAAGGUUUUGUGAAAUAAUUGCAGAGACCUUAAUAGUGUUGGUUUAUGUGUAUGUGUGUGUGUGUGUGUGUGUGUGUGUGUUCCUAUAAAAACCUCACAUGGGAAAGGGCACAGUGAUGUUAUUAAACUUGAGAUUUUUACACCUCAAAAUUGGUAAAUGUGAAAAAAAUUAGGAUUUCUUAACUGCUUUGUUAAUAUUCUAUAUUAGUGAUUAUCUAAGUGUUGGAAAAAUGUCAGUAAUGUAGAUGAAAAGUUUCUUGAGAGCUAAUUGUUACACAUUUACCAAUACACUCCUAUUAUUAAUAUAGUAGUAUUUGUCAGAUAGUAGCAGCCUAGUGGCUAACCUGAAACCUCCUUUAUAAUUGUUCCUCUGUAUCCUACCAUAACUUUAUGAUUUUUGCAUAGGUAAAAAUACCAUUUCAUAUACAGAAGGUCUUUAACAUUUUUGCUUCUCAUUUGCUUGAAAACUUUGGGCUCAUUAAAUACUUGUUGAAUCA